GAGCCCCUUUUGGGGCGGGCGCGGCAUAUAAACCUAAAACCCUUCUCCUCUCUUCAACUCUCUUUAUCGUUUUCUCCUAUGCAAACUGGCCUAGUUGGUAUUUUGUAUAAGUUCAGGGUUAGGGUUUAGUGGUGAGUAUGGCGGCUGACAAGGGGAAGAGGUCGAAAAUUUCCGAGCAAGAGAUUGAAGACGCUGCAGAUCAUAUCGACGGGGAGCUGGUGCUUUCUAUAGAGAAAUUGCAGGAGGUGCAGGAUGAGCUCGAAAAGAUAAACGAGGAUGCAAGUGAUAAGGUUUUGGAAGUGGAGCAGAAGUUUAAUGAGAUACGCCAACCUGUCUAUAAGAGAAGAAAUGACAUCAUUCAAUCUAUUCCUGACUUUUGGUUGACUGCUUUUAUGAGUCAUCCGGGGCUUGGUCAACUUCUUAGCGAAGAAGACCAGAAGAUUUUCAAGUACCUGUCAUCUUUAGAUGUGGAGGAUUCUAAGGAUUUAAAAUCAGGAUACACCAUAACCUUUAACUUCAGCAACAAUCCAUAUUUUGAAGAGACAAAGCUAUCAAAAACGUACACCUUCUUUGAAGAUGGAACUACUAACAUAUCUGGAACAACUAUCAAGUGGAAGGAGGGAAUGGGUAUUGCCAAUGGUGCUUCCCAUGAAAAGAAGGGGAAGAAGCGCCCUAUUGCUGAAGAAAGUUUUUUUAGCUGGUUUGAUGAAACCCAAGUGAAAAGUCUCUCAGAGGGGAUUUCUGACGAGGUGGCUGAGAUUAUAAAAGAAGACCUGUGGCCUAAUCCGCUCAGGUAUUUCAACAAUGAAGCUGAUGAGGAAGAUUUUGAAGGAGAUGAGGAUGACGAUGAGGAUAAAGGUAGUGAUGAAGAUGACGACGAAGAUGAUGAGCAAGAAGAUGAGGAUGAUGAGGAUGGCAACUAAGCGAAGCUGACAUUCUUAAUUGCAGUUGUUUUGUGUUGUAUUAUUGCAGAAGGAAUUCCCACGGAUGAAGAUUUCUGCAGCCAAUCCAUGAGUUUUCAACCGACUUUACCGGAUCCAUUAUGACAGUCUUGCUAGCUAUUUUUGUAUUGUGUUUUCAAAUUAUUGGGCGUUACCGCAGGCGGUUCUAUCAUCUUCUCUAUCAUGUCUUCACCGCUUCGAUGAAUAUUGUUCUGUUUUGGCAGUUUUUUGUCAUUUUUAAAAUUUCAGAUGUUGUUUGGAUUUUACAUCACCUAAUAUAUUGUUCAUUAUCUCAUCUUUUA